UUCCUGCUCAGUGCCAUGAUAGAGCUGAAAAGUUCCGUGUACCUCUGUUUCGGGUAAAACUUGCCGUCCAGCUAACUGGGAAGUGAAUUGGUAAUUCUGGGAACUGGCACUUCGCGACGGCAAAUGCUUCUGACUUCUGAACUCUUGCUUUGCUGCUUCCACGCAAGGCAUCGUCGUACCCAAACUCUCGCAGAGAAGACGCAGCGCAAGCAGUUCAUCGUCCUCCCCAAUCUGAUCCAGUUUCGUGGUACGCGACAAAGUUAACAGACUCGGAGUCGGAGGCCACGCGAUUGCCACCCGAAUCACUCCAUGAUCUAAUCAUCUACUAGUACGCAGCGGCGGCGGCGCCCAAUCCAUUGCUGAGUCCACUCCGCCCUCGUCGUCCCCGAUCCGUCAAGGUAGCCACCGGUUGUUGGUCAGGAGGCGGCGGCGGCGAUGGCGUCCCAGGACGGCGGCGCUGACGCGUGGGGUGGCGGGGACGACGGCAGCUCGCUCUUCGAGGGCAUGGUCCUCUUCGCGCCCGAGCCGGCCGCCGCCGAGGAGGCGGCCCCCGUCCCCGCCCCCGCCCCCGAUCCCGAGCCGCCCGCGCCGCGCCCCGACUCUGACGCCGGCGCGGCCUCCUCCUCCUCGGCGCCGCCGCCGCUCGACGAGGACCUCUUCUCCGAUCUCACCCUCCUCGCCCCGCAGGAGCCGCUCUCGCUCGAGCAGCCGCCGCUCCCGCAGGGCGAGGAUCGGGGCCACGCGGCGCCCGCCGCGCUUGCCCCGGCACCCUCGCCUUCGCCUGCCCCCGCUGCUGCUCUCUCCCGGCAGCCGUCCUCCUCGUCGCUCCGGAAGAAGAAGAGGGCCGUGCGCAUCGGGUACGGCCGCUCGCCCCAGCCCGCGCCGCCUUCGCCUCCCGCCACAGUUCGUUCCUCUACCGCUGUUACGUUCUCUGCUAGCAGUAUUGCCUUCCUGGAUGCUUCACCGCAACCUGCCGCUCCUCCUACGCCUGACCAGUACCCGGAGCGGCAAGUUGACGCCUAUGCUAACGGCGAUGAGGUAGACUCAGAGGUGGUGGUGGAUCCGGAUACCAACCCUCCUUGUGAGAUAGACGAGGAGGUGAAGGAGGAAGAUGAUCAGAAAGAGGAUGAAGUGGCGGGAGUCGCAGCAGCGGUUGGGAUCGAGGAGAGGUUGGUUCUUCUCAGAUCCCAAAUCUCCAGCAAGCUCGACUCCAUCCAGCAGAUGGCUGCUGCUGUGGUUGCCAGGAAGAGGCAGCUGGCAGGUCGGCGGAGGAAGGUGGCAGAGGAGGCGACUUCAGUGGCAUCCAGGCACAAGGAUUUGGAGAGGGAGCUGGAGAAGGCCUGCGAGGCCGAGGACUUUGAGAGGGCAGAGAGGAUCAGCGACUCCCUAGCUGCGCUUGAGAAGGAGAAGGAUCGGCUGCUGACUGCACUGCGUGAUGCGGAGCUCGACUAUGAUUCGGUGGAUUCAGAGCUGCAGGGUGUGCUCGAGUCGCGCAUUGCAGCAGAGGAGGAAGCUGCCGCUCUUCUGGAGCAAUUUGCAAAGGAUGCCACUGACCAUGCUGAUUCAGAGAGCAAGCAAGCAGAAGAAAUAUCAUCCAAAGAAAUAGAAGGGUGGCAAACAUCAAUGGAGUUACUAGAAACAAAGAAGUUGGAGAUGGAGGUUGAAACACAAUUGGUUUUAGAAGCACGUUCAGGGUUGGAAGGCUCAAUAGAGCAUCUGGUCGAAGAAGACAAAUUAGAGAAAGAUACACUUAGCAAAAAAGGAGAAAUCCUCGCUGAGGAGUUAGCUGGGCUUCUAGAGUUGGUGAGGUUGAAAGAAGCAGAGAUAGCUGAAAACAAUGCUCGGAUCCAUGAGGUUCAAGAAAGAAUCAGUGACGUGGUCUCCAGAUUCCAUGGCUCUCAGUCUGAUAUUGACUUGAAGCUCAAUUCCUUGAAGGAAGCCCAAAGUAAAGGGGAUUUGGAGACUGAAGCACUUGUGUUGAAAAAGAAUGAAAUUGAUAGGUUCAUCUCUUUAAUAGAACAGAAAGAUUCAGAGUUGAGGGAAAUUAUUGGUGCUUGUUCCUCUGAAGCUAAAAUUUGCCAGCAAUCAGUUGAAAUAAGAAGAAAGCUUGCAUCAUCAAUUUUGAAGUCAAGGGAGGAUAGAAUUGGGUUGCUAAAAAUGGAGGAGGAAAUUUUGCAAGACAUUCAAAUGCUUAGGCAAAAAAUUACAGAUGCAAGAACUAGUCUUCAGGAGAUAUCUUCAAGGAGAACAAGCAUACAGCAAGAGAUGGAUUCAUUUAAGCAGAAGUUGAGUUUCAUUGAGAAAAGGGGCCCUGAACUGGAGGCUGAAAAGAAAGUUGCUGCUGCUGCAAGAAACUUUAAGGAAGCAGGAAGGAUAGCUGCUGAGGCAAAAGCUCUUAAUUCUGAAAAGGAUGAACUGCACACUAAGUUGGAGAAAGCUGCUACUGAUCUGGAGAUAAUAGAAAAGGAUAUUAUAGCAACUACUGACAAGAUACAGGAAUGUGAAGGGCUUAUUGUACAAAAGGAAAAGGAGUCUGCUAUCACAAGUUACAAAAGACUCCGGUUAGAUUGUGCUGCUGCUAGAGCAGAAUUGACUGCGGCAACUGAAACGGAUGAUAAUGAAGAAGUUGAGAUACUACGCAAAGAAGCUGAAGCUGCGGAAUCUAAAGCAGUGGAGCUCAAAGCAUGUUAUGACCUCCGAAUAGAGGAUGAUGAAUUCAUGUUUCAGCCUGUUGUCCCUAUAGCAUUCAUAACAAAUUCAACGGGGCAGCACUUGGUAGAAAUUGCUUCAUCAUUUGGCUUGUCUCCCCAAAAGUGAAUUGGACAGCAGACUUGCAUAGUACCAGCGCUGUCCGAUAUGCUGCGUACAAGUUUCUGCCAGCACCUGCACAUAUUGGAAGGAACAUCUGUGGUGGAGUGAACUCUCUCCCUCUUCCAGGCUGUUUUCCUCAAUGCCCCCUCUUUAACUCCCCCAUUUGGAAUACCCUGAACCGGAGUAGGGGUCCUAGGGGAGAUCAAGUGUACAACAUCCAUUUUGCAUACUCUUUAGGAAUUUUGUUUCCCUAUGCAUUUUUUGUGUACAUUAAACUGUAAUUCUUUUCUUGUUCCUGUUUCCAUUGAAUUACAGUAACAUGUAUCAAUCACUAUGUAAUCAGAAUUCUUUUUGAGAAAAGGGAUGUAAUUGGAAUAAGAUGUUCAGGAAUA